UUGAGACCUCCACAACAGUCAAGAUGCCGAAAGCUGAAGUAGGAUCUACGAAGUAUCUCAACAACAAGCUCAAGUCCAAGGGACUUCAGCGGUUACGAUGGUACUGCCAGGUGUGCGAGCGCCAAAUGCGUGAUGAAAAUGGCUUCAAGAUGCAUACACAGUCCGAGUCGCAUGUCCGACAGAUGCUCGUCGUGGGUGAGAACGCCAAGAAGUUUAUCAGCGACUACAGCGGCCAGUUUCAACGAGAUUUCCUCCAGCUUCUGCGAACGUCUCACGGUGAGAAGAAGGUCCAGCUCAAUCACUUCUACCAAGAAUACAUCUCGAAUAAGGAGCAUGUGCAUAUGAACGCUACAAAGUGGCCUUCGUUGACAGAGUUUGCGAAGUUCUUGGGAAGGGAGGGGAUCUGUAGGGUGGAGGAGGAUGAUAAGGGUAUUCAUGUUGCGUGGAUUGAUAAUAGUCCAGAGGCUCUACGGCGGCAGGACGCGGUCCGGAAGAAGGAAAGGCAGGAUAGGGGAGAUGAGGAGAGGGAGCAGGCACUGAUCAAGGAGCAAGUCAUGCGAGCCCAGAAAGAUGCUGAAGAACGUGGGGAGACAGAGCUGGAUGAGCCCAAGAGGGAGUUGAAGCGUGCAGAGGGCCAGAAGAUAAAGCUGAGCUUUGGCGCAAAGCCUGCGAACUCAAAGGGGGAGCCUUCUUCCGCAGAUGCAAAGAGCAUCGAGAGUGUGUCGCCUCCUCUAGCAGCCACAGCUUCUGCUGGCUCGUCGAAGGAUGACGCCACCCGGGAGAACAAAACCGUCGAGAACCCCCAAGCAGAGCCAGUAGAUGCCCUAGCGACUGAGACCACACCAGCCGCUGGAAAGGUCUCCUUGAAGAUGGGAUUCUCAGCUAAGCCGAAGAACGUCUUUUCCGCGGCAAAGAAAAAUGCCCUAGGGGGAAAGAAAGCCGUUGCUCUCGAACAGCCCAAAAAGAUGAGUGAAACAGAACGCAUCAUGAGGGAAGAAAUGGAGCAGAAGAGCAAAAGAGGCCUAUCAGGUCUUGGAGGACCUCCACAAAAGAAGCCCAGAUUCUAGACCGUCGGCGGAAAAGAAGCAUCAUGCAGGCGCAACGGGGUUUCUGGCGUCACGUUGAUACCAUUUGCAUUUUCUUGUAGAGGAUAGAUCUCAAACUUCGAUUCAUUACUCCAUAAACUCCAAAUCCGCUUUUCCGUGUGAUGCUUCCCAAAUCUAAUACAUCAGAACCCCACCAUUCAUCGUUCCCUCCAAUACCCAGUCGAGUCGGCUCCCAUUAUGACCCCGUAAACCUCUCAAUCCGCUUCCGUAGCACUUCCGUCACGU